AUGAAGAUUGCUUCUACAAACAUUUGUGAAAGAAUGAGUUGCUCUCAGGAGCUCAGUGAAUUCAAGCGUGGUACUGUGAUAGAUUACCACCUGUGCAAUAAGUCCAUCCAUGAAAUUUCCUUGCUACUAAAUAUUCCACAGUCAACUGUUAGUGGUAUUAUAACAAAGUGGAAGCAACUGGAAAGAACAGCAACUCAGCCAUGGAGUGGUAGGCCACGUAAAAUAACAGAGCAGAGUCACACACAGUGCACAGAACGCACAGAAGUCACCAACUGUCUGCAGAGUCAAUAGCUAAAGACCUCCAUAAAAACUUUGUGUGGCCUUCAGAUAAGCACAACUGUGCAUAGAGAGCUUCAUGAAAUGGGUUUCCAUGGCCAAGCAACUGCAUCCAAACCU